AUGUCAAUGCUUUUGCUCACGCGUGUCUCUUGCAACGCAGUACAACAGCUGGAUAGCAAUCAAGACUACUUUCAGAGUUACUCCAACGCGGCGCGUCGCGCCAGCGAGAUCUUAGCAGCGAUUGCCACCAUGGUCAACGACCGCCCCCCCCACAACCAGCUGAACAACCUCAAGCAUGCGCUUGACCAGCUUCCGAGCAUGUGCAGGGACAUUGAAACCCUGAAAAAUAUCAUCGCAGAUUUGACGGAGGCCAAUCAGAGCCACGCUGCCACCAUCGCAGAUUUGACGAAGGCCAAUGAGAGUCACGCUGCCACCAUCAAAGCCCUGACGAAGGACAAUGAAGCCCUGACGAAGGACAAUGAGAGCCACGCUGCCAUUAUUGAAAGCCACGCUGCCACCAUCGCAGAUUUGACGAAGGCCAAUGAGAGUCACGCUGCCACCAUCAAAGCCCUGACGAAGGACAAUGAAGCCCUGACGAAGGACAAUGAGAGCCACGCUGCCAUUAUUGAAAGCCACGCUGCCACCAUCGCAGAUUUGACGGAGGCCAAUGAGAGCCACGCUGCCGCCAUCGAGAACUUGGAAACCCUUGUGAGCAUCCCGAUUCAGAAGCGGCAAAUCGUGUCGAAAGCGGCAACGCUUGUCCGCGCGACUCUAAUCCGUCGUGUGAGCUGGUCAGCCAGUGAAGAUGUUAGCCGCCUGCAAGACCUUGGUGAAUACAUGAGCUGGGCUGUCCCCUUCAUCAUUCGCGAUGGCGGAUUUUACGGUCAAGUCCCAAAAGCAGGCGCUCCUCCUUCUCGUACCACCGAGAUCCACGAGGUUGUCACGAAGCUUUCGCAAGACGCCCAGAUCAACAUUGCAGAGUAG